GCCAGCUUUAUAAACGGGACCCCUGGCGUGCGGGGCCGCAUUUCGUUCGGCGAGAGUUUCUCUUUCGUAAUUACGCAACGUCCUCAGCGCUUAAAGGCGCCGAGCGAUUCAUUAGCGGCAAUUAGCCCGGGGAGAGACGGCUUCCUGUCGAAGUGAAGGCCGGGGCCUCUUCAGCCAUGACCAUCCUGUGUCUCGUCAGCCGGCCGGACUCGGUGGUGAUGGAGGUGGAGCUGGACGCGAAGGCGAAGGGGGAAGAUUGCGUGAAUGAGGUGUGCAGGCACCUGCGCAUCAUCGAGCGCGACUACUUCGGCCUCCAGUACGAGGGCACCAAGGGCGAGACGUUGUGGAUCAACCUGCGCAACCGCCUCGGCCCGCAGCUGAGCGGCGCCGCUCCGCACCGGCUGCGCCUCCGAGUCAAGUUCCUCGUGGAGCCUCACCUGCUGCUCCAGGAUGAGACCAGGCACCAGUUCUACCUCCACGUGCGAGAGGAGCUGCGGCUAGGCCGGCUGGUGUGCCGCGACGAUAGCGCCGUGAGGCUGGCGGCGUUAAUUAUGCAAGCCGAAGUGGGCGACCACGGCGCCCUGCGCGGCGGCAGCAACAACGACAACGCCGCUGCCGUCUACGACCGCCUGGGCGGCGCCGAUCCCGCCAGCGUGUCCGAGUCGCACCGCGCCCUUGGCGGGUGCUCGCGUGCCACGGCAGAGUACCGCGCGCUGCAGGAAGCGGCCGCCCUGCCGGGGUUUGGCGUGGAGUGGCACUCGGUGUGGGACGACGCCGGGCGGCGCCGCCUGCUCGGCGUGGGCUGCGACGGCGUGGCGGUGUGCGAAGCCGGCGUGGCGCCGUGCGGCGACGGCGCGACCCGCGUCCCCCUGCGGCGGAUUCCGUUCCCCACAAUCCACGCAGCCACGCAGUCCAAUAAGCGCGUCGUGUUCGCGGUGCUGGGCGACGGCGUCGAGCCCGAGGAGACGAGGUUCCGGCUCGUGAGCAGCCACGCAGCAAACGGGCUGUACCGGGCCGUCACCGAGGCCCACGCCUUCUACCGGUGCGACACGGUGAACGACGCGGUCACAGCGCAGUACAGCCGCGACUUCAAGGGACACCUGGCCUCGCUGCUCCUCAGCGAAGACAUCGACCUUGGCAAGAGAUUCGUGUUCGACAUCCGGCGAACCUGCAAGGAGGUGUACGACCAUUGCCGGCGACAGCUGUACCACACCGCCGUGGUGGGCGACGAGGGGACACCCAGGCCGGCGGGGAGGGGCACGCCGGGAGGGUGCUCCCCGGGGGCCACAACGGUGGAGGACACCGGCACCUGCGAGCCGUGUCCAUCCCCCCCGGCGUCUCUGUCUGCGCCCCCCACGCCCGCCCAGCGCCGCCGCGACAUCCAGCAGCUGGAGGAGCGGCUGCGUGCGCUGCAGGAGGCGAUGCUGUGCAGCGCGUGCUGCCACGGGGACAUCGAUGCUGCGUUCUGCCCCUGCGGCCACAUGGUGUGCUGCCGCGGCUGUGCCGCGCGCCUCCGGGUCAGCCUGCCCCUUGUGCCGCUGCGAUGUGGACCGCGUGCAGCACGUCUUCCUGCCGGUGUGUCCCAAGCUUCUACGCCUCAACUCCGAGCUGUAGCCUCGCCACUCGCCGUUCACCCUCGCCACUCUUCCUCGCCCUCACCCCUCACCGCUCGAUUCGACCUCCUCCACGUCUUGCCGUCGAACAAAGAAACUCAAAAAGCGUCUUGGACUGAAUUCCGCGCGGCCUUCUCCGUCGACUGGCCGUGUGAGAUCUCGAGAGACUCGUUUGCAACGCGGCGAGACGCCCCUCCCCCAUCCAUGUCUGGCUGGUUCCAGGACUCGCAGCACGUCGCCGUGCGUCUGCGAGAGACUUGGCGGCAGUGACGACGGUGGCGGCCGCCUUGCAGGGGAAACCGCUGCUGGGCGCGGCGGUUGUGUCGUGCUACGGAACCCGCCACUGCCGCCACUGCCGCCACUGCCGCCACUGCCGCCACUGCCGCCGUUGCGGCCGUUGCGGUCACGGCGGUCGUCCCUCCCAGCAGCUUGAACUGACGCAGUGCGUUUUUCAAGCGCGAAGCGCCCGAGCGCAAAGUGCAGCGAAGAGUCGGAGCACGUUUUGACGAGCGACGUCUCGAGAAAAGUGGUCGCGGAAGACAGAGGAAGAGUUCUAGAUAAGUGUGGAGAAAAUCCAUGGUCGCUUCUUGCCUUGACACGGUGGGCCCUGUGCCCUCCCAACUCCCACCAGUUUGCGUACCACGGCACCGUGGGAAACGCUCAACCUGGGCGUCCGGCUGUUCCACACCAGCAGGUGUCGGGAAGAGACGCCAGAGAGAGAGACACGGGAGCCGUCGCUGGUUCCGUUCGUCCUGAGUUGAUGCGCUUUCACCGGCCUUGCCCAGCAGAUGACGGGAACCCCUCUGAAGCUGAUGUUUUCGAGGUGUCGCGUCCGCUCUCUCUACAAGAGCCGCCCUCCCAUCACGUGUUUGUCCGUGCCCGGGCCGUCCCGUGUGUAAUACAAAAUGAUCUUUCAGCAUCGUCACGGAGAACGCGAGGAACAAUAAAUCGCCGGACAAUUUGCCUCCUUCCUUAUCUGGCUCUCUACAAACAAUACAAAUGCUUUCACACAUCCCAUCAGCUACGAGGUAUUCUUUCUGGUUGUGUGUAUCAGAAUCAGAAUAUUUAUUUAUAUUGGAGGAAUCCGAUGAGCUAGAAAGCUCUUUUGCACAGAUGUCAGUUACAAUAUCAAACGAUACAAAAACACAAUAGUGAAAAGCAUAGGUAAGGUAAACAAAUCACUUAAAUAAAUAUACAAAUACAACUAAACUAGUUUUAUUUUACCAGGCAAAGUCCACUGAGCUAUUAACCUAUUAUUCAGAAGUGACCUAGCCACAAAUGAUAGCUCAACAGUGGCUUAUCAAUCUGGAAGUUGAUUGCAGAAAAGUAAUCUAAAUAAUCUGCACCGUUCUAAAGAUUCAAUGUCUCCUCAGGGUUUUUGUAAACCAAUGCACUGCUGCACUGCCCAGACCGUCUCUGUCAUUCGUUUGAUUAACGGAUAGCGGACUCUACUACAUCACUCCAUCACUGGCGAGGAGAGGGCGAGAUCACCUCCAUGACGGUAUCCAUGCUGCCUCCCCCUCACACGGGUACAGGUUGGCUUAGCGGUGCCACCCGCAGUGGCGAAACGAGCCGCGUUGACGAUCGACCGAUUCACAAAACUAUAAACACGCCACCGAUUCCCACCGAGAGAGAGAUCAUGGCAGCUGGCGAAACAAUGCGACGGACAAAUCCACUGCCGUGCGCUGCUGUUACAGGAUCCCCCUCGGCCUGCGUUCUGACUUUGGUGGCCAAGACGCACGUGUGACUAUUAACAUUUCUGUUUUAUUUGGUUCACAUUUUUAUUGAGUUUUGUGCGUGGUUCCUGAUUUCUGAGUUGCGCACAAAAGUCUUAGACUAAUUUUUAUUAAAGUGUUUUUUUUUUACUGAACCUGGGGCGCCGCUUCCAACCGGGUUCCCUCCUCGCAGGCAACUUUUGGUGUCACCGCCAUGCCGAGCAGCCUUCGGGUCGUGUCCGCGACUCUGCUGCGCGUCUAGCGGUCUCAGUGGGGGAGGGGGUGGGGUGACACGCGUCCGCGACGCUGUUGUGCCACGUAGACGUCACGUUUGUGCGACUUGGCGAUCGCCAAGAGUGGAGCGUGGAGGGAGCCGCAGCGUUGGGAGUCUCCUCUCUCGGCAGAACAAUUCCCGACGGGGUUUUUACGACGUUCUGGUUCCAUUCGGUGGUCAAAGUGUCACGACAGAAUUGCUGGGUAUGGCGGCUGUUCAUCCAGCAGCUUAUGUUCACCGACUCGCACGCACGCUCUCACGCAUCUCGCUCGAUCACAUCUCGCUCGCUCACUCUCACACGCUCGCUUAUGCCCUCGCCCACUGAUGCCCUCUCACACGCACCCUCACACACAGUCACACACGCACCCUCACAUGCUCAGUCACACAUGCAGCCACGCACCCUCACAGAUUCGCACGCACAGUCACCCAUGCGCACUCGCCUGCAACCUCCCACUCACUGCCGUUUCCCCUCUGCGGAAACGUCGCGGCAUAGGAAUGGGAGCACGCUCCCACCACCACGCUUGCGUGGUCACGUGACUAUUGCCGUUGCUUGGUCACGUGCUGGUUCAGUGGUCACGUGACGAUUGCGAUUGUGUGGCGUCGAUCCAGUCGGGGCAGCUGCGAAACCCUUCGUCCCAUCCGCCACUCUUGCCCCGUUCUUUCUCUUUUGCGAUGCACACUUCCGCUGUUACACUUCUCGGUCCUCCCUUCUUGGCUUGGCGGAGCCUCUUGCAGGACACUUUGAGUGUUAUUGUUUUAUUGCCAAUGUGGUUUUUUGUUUUGUUUUUAUAUUUAACGGUGUAAUAAAGUUCACUUUAGCCUUUUCAA